AUGAUAGAACCAGUAAAAUCCUCUCUUUGUCCUGGGGAGAUUCUCUAUUCCUUGAAUCUACAGAGGUUUUAUCCGAAAGAAAUAAACAUCAGCUGGACAUAUAGAGUGGGAGAUGAUAAUAAAACAAUAUCAGCCCUAGAGACAUUUAAAGAAAACCCUGAUGGAACGUUUAAUGUUUGUUCUGAAGUCAGAAUUCCAGAGAAUCACAUGAAAGGUCCAUCAUUUUCUGUGCAGGCAACCUGGGAACAUGAGUCUUUAGAUAAACCUGGGAGCAAAACACUGGAUAUAAAAGAUUUAAUUUGGGAACCAAUAGUGGAAGAAAUACUGACACCUCUAAUGCUUCAUGAGACACCGGUCACCCUGCAAUGUAACAUCUCACAGUAUUUCCCAGAUGCACUGACUGUGAGAUGGCUGAGAAGAGAAGAAGGAAGCCAGAAAUUAACUGCAAUGGCCAAGCCUGAUAUAAAGUCACAGAGAGAUCAGGAUAACACCUACAGCUGCACAACCAGCCUGACUGUCACCCCAACACUAAGUACAGACCAAGGCGCAGAAUAUAUCUGCAGGGUGCUACAUCCUACACGGGAGCAGCCAAUAGAGAGAAGCACAGGGAAGCUUAUUGUAAUGGUAAAACCUCAGAUUUUAGAGCCUGUAAAACCCAUUCUCUGUGACUCUGGGGAGAUUCUGUAUCGCUUGAAGCUACAGAGGUUUUAUCCUAAAGAUAUAAACAUCAUCUGGACAAGUGGAGCUGGAGAUUUACAUAAAACAAAAUCAUCUGAAAUAUUUGAACAAAACCCUGAUACAACAUUUAAUGUUUGUUCGGAAGUCAGAAUUCCAGGAGAUCACUUCAGAGAAAAAUCAUUUUCUGUGCUUGUGACUUGGGGACAUAAAUCCCUGGAUAAACCUGAGACCAAGAAACUAAGUACAAAAGAUUCAGGUGAGAUGGUUGUGAUACUGUGA